GAGCUCCCCAGCACGCUCUCUCUCUCGUCUGUGCAGGCCGGGUAUAAAUAGCGGUGCCCGGCAGGGUGGCAAGAGAGUGGCGCAUGAUGGAAACCCGGGACGCAGGGUCUGGGAAUGUGAAGUGGGCUCGGUAGAUCCCGUCUGGCGUGGCCCAGUCAGACGGUUUCCAGGGCUGCCUUGGGGCUCUCCAAACCGCUGCUUUCAACACAUCCUCUCGGGAGGGGUGCCAAAGUUCAAGAGAAGCCGGAGAGGACGGCUCAGCCACCCCGCUGCUAGAAGCGCCGAGAGAGGAGCCCAAAUGGCCAAGAGGAACGGGAGGAACUGGAAGGAGAGCUUUGCCCUGAAGAACAGCCUGGUGAAGGAAGCCCUCUCCGAGUUCCUGGGGACCUUCGUGAUGGUAACCCUGGGAUGCGGGUGCGUGGCCCAGUCGGUGCUGAGCGGGGAAGCGCUGGGAGGAGCGCAGAUGGUCUCCGUGGGCUUCGCCAUGGCCGUCACCAUCGCCAUCUACGUCGCAGGAGGCGUCUCCGGGGGCCACAUCAACCCGGCCGUUUCGUUUGCCAUGUGCAUCACCGGCAAGAUGACGUGGGCCAAGUUCCCCGCCUACGUCCUCACGCAGUUUCUCGGAGCAUUCGUGGGAGCAGCCGCCGUCUACGGGGUCAACUACGAUGCACUGAUGUCCUACACCGGGGGGAACUUCACCGUCACAGGUGACAUCCGCACCGCCCAUAUCUUCGCCACGUACCCAUCAGAAUACCUCUCUGUGACCAACGGAUUUGCCGACCAGGUGAUCUCAACGGCCUUCCUCCUCGUGGGCGUCUUUGCCAUCUUCGACCAGGGGAACCUGGGGGUCCCGAAGGGGCUGGAGCCCAUUGGGGUGGGUCUUCUGAUCAUCUUGCUGACCUCCUCCCUGUCCAUGAACAGCGGCUGCGCCAUGAACCCCGCUCGGGACCUCAGCCCACGCCUCUUCACGCUCCUGGCCGGGUGGGGUCCAGAGGUCUUCACGGCUGGCAACCACUGGUGGUGGGUGCCGAUCGUUGGUCCCAUGGUUGGGGCCGGUUUUGGGGCCGCUAUCUACAUGCUGUUUAUCGAACUGCACCAUGUGCAGCCGCCGCCGCCACAGAGCAACGCCGCUCACGACAAAUACGAACUCACCAGCAUGUAGGGAGGGGGGGCAGGUCCCCUCGGCUCUCCCCCUCGCCUGCUCCAGAACUGCGUCCCGCCCCAACGCCCAUUCCAGUUUCACGAAGAGGAUUCCUGAAAUUAACUCUGGACACGUGUUCCCUCUAAGCUGACGUUAUGUGAGCUAGCUCACAGUUCUUUAGCCUCCGGCUCACCCAU